AUGGUAAAGGCCAAUGAAAACAUCAAAACAAAAACUACAUCGAAAACUACUGAAAAAGGAAAAACAAUUAAUGAAGUUACCAAAUUAACGAAUCCACCUAUUAACAAGCCAUCACCCUCGCCAGCUCCACCCAAUAAAACUUCUGGGACUAAACUCGAAUUGAAGUUAGAAGGCUUCAAGAAAAUUAGUAAAGGACAAGCUGCUUAUAAUAUCAAGUUGGAAGCAACGCAGCAGUCUUUUGAUGAGACAGCAGGACCAAAGCAUAAAAUCUUUGGAAGAAGGGGAUCUAGAAGAGCCAAGAACCGGUUAGCUUUCGAUGCCAAUAUCAAUUUGCAUGCUGGAAAAGGCACAGAGGUGGAAAGAGAGCUGAAAGAAGAUCCAACGGCUGUAACUACAGAUCCACCCACUGCUAAAGACAUAGGAACUAUCGAUCCAAAGGAAGCAGCGAACUAUUCUUUCCUCAAGAAAGAUGCGAAAGGGAACAUUAGUACAGAAGAAGAGCAGCCAGCGGCUAUUCCGGAAUCCAUCAUGACCGAUUUUGAUUUAUUUGAAAAGUCAAAAAAGAUAUUGAAUGAGGAUUUUAAAAAACUAGAAGAGUUUUUCGGCAAAGACAAGCCACAAGCCGCUGUAACACAAAAGAAACAAUCAGCACCUACUGCACAAGCGGCACAAACCACUUCAAUUGCAAAAGGUGUGAAUCUGAAGAAGAAAAGCCAGAAAGAAGACAUAAAUGCAAGAAAGAAAAGAACAGCUGCGUCUUUGAUUGCUAAACCUAUGCCGGUACUUGCUUCCAUUCUCAAAGGAAAGAUGAGUACAAGAACGAUGUCAACGCAGAAAACAUUACCAUCAAAGGAGGGUUGA